UUGCAUCAAAUCGUGCGACUGGAACGCACAUGAAUCGCGUCGAUUUGCCAACAGUGUUUUGAAGAAACUUGCGAUUUUCUUGCGCGUAUCUCGUUUGUUCAGUCUUAAGUUUUUGCGUUCCUUUUAAUUGUAUAUAUUUUGCUUGCCUUUUGUUUUGAUCCGGAUCUUUGGUUGUUCUCCCGGCGGGUGAUGCGCAAUCCGGACGCAUCCCACGGGCCCAAGCUAUGUUUCAAAUAAUAAAAACGGGUCAAUCGAAAUCGAACCCAAAACAGUCGCAGCUUCAUUAUGUGAACUUCGCGCGAAAGGAUUGCUCGUCUCCGCCCCCGUUGGUUUUGAGUGCCGCGGCUUACACGCACAUGAGUUCCGGUGGAAAGCGCCAGUUUGUCAAGGUGAACGAGGAAAUGUUCGUCAACGAAAUCAAGAAGCGGCCAAUUCUGUAUAACACACACCUGAAGGACUACAAGAAGUUCAGCACCAGACAUGAAGCUUGGGCCGAGGUGGCCGUGGCCAUGAAUUUAUCCGAGGGCGAAUGCAAGAAGCGGUGGCGAAGUCUGAGAGACGCAUUCAUGAAGGUUGUACGGAACAAGAAUGAGGAGGAACAGAAAACUUGGCUGCACUAUCGACUGCUGGAAUUUCUCUUGCCUUAUAUUGGCGAUAGAAGUAGACGGCCAUCGAGGACAGUUGAGCUGAUGGAUGACUUCGACGAGGACACUGAAUAUGUCGAGAUAGAGGAGGAUAUGGAUAUCUUCGAGGAGAGCAGAGAACCGAUUACAGUGUCCUACGUAACCGAAGAUGGGAAGGAGGUUUUUCAAAUGUUGCAAGAUCCGGAUACAAUUCCGGAAGGUGCGGUCAUAGGAAUUGAAGAGACUGAAGAGGAAGAUGAGGGCGAAGAAGAAGAGAUGUUCCCAGCCAUGCAUCACACGGAACAGAUGACGCCGAAUGAAAAUCUCCAUUCGCAGGACAAUAACACGAACAGCUUCAUGUACGAAGAACGAUUGGAUUCCACAAUGCUGGAACUUCAGGAAGCCUUUGAGUCCUCUCGACAAGCGUCCUUCGUUGAAAGCAGAGAGGAUGACAUCAAACAAGAAGCCCUCUCGGAAGCAGAAGGAUCGGAAAUUCACGUAGAAGAAAUAGAAAUGGACUCACUGAUAUCGGAACAACCAGACGACUAUCAAACAGAUACUCAAUCAGAAGCGCAACAUCUGAUGGAACCGAUCCCGCCAAGUACGCAAGAAUCCCCACUAGAUCUUUUAGAACCCAAUCAUGAACCUGACCCAAGUUUACCGACAACGGUGCAGACCUCAAUGCCCUCGCCAGUUACAAAUUCGGCCCUCUCAACACCAGCUGAAAAACUUGAACCGAUUGCCAAUCCACCUACAAAUCCUCCCGCUGCAGUAUCUAGAGAGGAACCUUCAAACCGAGAACCAGACGCCAAAUCAUCGUCAUCCACCUGUAUGGACUCAGAUGAGCGGUUUCUAUUAUCCUGUGCACCUAUUUUACGUAGGCUACCGAACAAAAAGAAUCAACUGGCAAGACUGCGGAUACAACAGCUUCUGUUCGAACUAGAAUAUGACGAAAAAUACAGUAGUUAGCACUGGAACGUCUA